AUGAGGACUCUUCAGGAAAGAAUCAUCGUCCUUACAGUUUUUAUGUCUCUGAUGUGUGCCAUUCAGGUCAAUUCACUGCCCAUACCUGAAGAUGGUAGAUGGAAUGGGUUGAUCCAGCGGACCAAACGGUCACUACUAUGGCGUUGGAACAGCAUGAAGCCAGUGGGUGCCAGCUGCAGAGAUCACUUAGAGUGCGGCACAAAAUACUGCAGGAAAAAUAUCUGUUCCUUCUGGAAAUCCCCCUGA